AUGGACAUCACUGGGCUUUCGAUCAUGAAUGCCCAGGCAUCCAGGCAACCUGGGCCACAUCUGUUGCAUCAACUGGUUAAGCCUCCAAGCCAAAAUGUUGCUCUGGAUUAUAUGGGAAGCAACCAGCGAGUAAAUCUUACAUACCAUCAGCUGCAUGAAGCCGCAUCAUCCCUCGCCAGCCGCAUCACCAAAACCUCGGGCAGUGCCCAGGGCCAGUUUGUUGUCCCUGUCCUCAUUCACCAGUCCCCUUCACUCUAUAUCUCCCUUUUGGCCAUCCUGAAGGCCGGAGGAGCCUUCUGCCCUCUGAACAUCGACGCACCACCGGAACGGGUGAAAUUUAUUCUUGGCGAUGUAGCGGCAACAGUGGUGCUCGUAUCAAAAGAGCUUGCCUCCGCGAUACCUAAUGGCAUUAGUGCAGCCGUGAUCAUAGUUGAUGAGGAAGAAGACCAAAGCAGCACACUUCAAAGUCUAUCGACUGAAGUCAACUCUCGGGUUCCCGAACCAGAAGACCUGGCCUAUGUCAUGUAUACUUCCGGUUCGACAGGAACGCCCAAAGGUGUGGGAAUUUCCCAUGAUGCUGCGACACAAGCUCUUAUUGCACACGACAGACAUAUUCCAUCAUUCUCUCGCUUUCUACAGUUCGCAGCACCCACAUUUGAUGUUUCUGUUUUUGAAAUAUUCUUCCCAUUCUUCCGAGGAGCGACUUUGGUCAGUGUGCGAAGAAUCGAGAUGUUGGACGAUCUUCCUGGGGUAUUGCGUGCCAUGGAGGUAGACGCUUGCGAACUCACACCAACAGUCGCCGGAAGUCUGUUGCGGACAAGAGCGAAUGCACCGGACCUCAAGGUGUUGUUGACUAUCGGUGAAAUGCUCAAUGCACCCGUUGUCGAAGAAUUUGGAGGCGAUGAAAACAGACCAAGCAUGCUUUGGGCAAUGUACGGUCCGACUGAGGCGACUAUUCAUUGUACACUCCAAGCGGAAUUUUCUUCUGACUCUUCAACGGGAAACAUUGGUGUACCCUUAGACACAGUCUCAUGUUUUAUCAUUGAAACCCCUGAUUCAGAUAGUGAACAAUCUGAGAUACGAAUUCUUCCCCAAGGGGAGGUUGGAGAACUAGCUGUGGGCGGCUACCAACUAGCCACUGGCUAUAUCAACCGGCCUGAACAGACAAAUUCGGUUUUCAUUGAUUCGCCCUUUGGUCGCAUUUAUCGUACAGGCGACAAAGCUCGGCUACUCCCAAAUGGAAAGCUGGAAUGCCUUGGUCGAUUAUCAGAUGGGCAAGUGAAGCUGCGAGGGCAGCGCUUAGAGCUAGGCGAAGUGGAACAAGCUGUCCUUCGCACAUCAGGAUGUCACAGCGCUGUAGCAGCGGUGGCGAGAUCUAUCCUGGUGGUGUUUUGCGCCGUGGAUGCAGGUGUUACAGAAGAUGCUGUUCUGAAGCACUGCGGAGAUUGGCUGCCGCAGUACAUGGUUCCCGGAGAAGUGGUUUUGAUGUCUGAAUUUCCUAGACUACCCAGCGGCAAGGUCGAUAGGAAAAGGCUCAAGGCAGAGUACGAGGAACACAAAGAAGCCAUGUUAGAAGACAUUGCAGACUCCGAACCUAUGGAUGAGUUCGAGUCAAAUCUUCUGGUGGUCGUGUCUCGUGUCAUGAAUUUCAAAGUCACCAAGUCCACAUCUCUCGCUGCUAUCGGGAUGGACUCUCUCAGCGCAAUCAAACUUGCCUCAGGUCUUCGGAAUGCAGGAUAUAGCAUUGAUACGACCGAUCUGCUCACAGCGAAAACUGUAUUCGACAUUGUUUUCGCUGCACGGAGGCAGAUACAAAGUCAAACUGUCAGCUCCCCGCCGGCCUCAACAAACCUGUCGCUAGACUUCAGCCAAGUUUUGCAGCAGAACGCCACCCUGGCUGACAUGAGCGGCUUGGUUGAAGAGAUAAUCCCAUGUACUCCGUUGCAAGCGGCCAUGCUGGCUGAAACGUCUCACAGCUCAACUGCGUAUUGCAACCAGGUCGAGCUCACUAUUCCACUCAGCUACUCUGCCUAUCAAAUUUCCGAAUCGUUCGCGCAUCUAUCGCAGAAGAACCCAAUUCUACGCACCGGAUUUGCGAUUGUUGAUGGAAGAUUCGUCACCCUUGUCUACGGGGAACUCCGACCUGAGCAAAUCAAAGUCGUUGACCAGGUUCAAGGUGACUUCUCGCUUUCAUCACCGGAAGAUUUUGGCUCCCCUAUGAGACUUCAGAUUCAACGAGAUUCCGUGGAUGAAAAAUCCCGUGUCCUUUUGCAGAUACAUCACUCACUAUACGAUGGCUGGUCCAUGGAUGUUCUGCUUUCUGAUUGGUCUAAGCUGCUUUUGCAAGAACCAGUAUCAGAGCAUUCGUCGUUUCGUGAGGUUGUUAAUUUUUACCAACAACUGCAAACCAGUGAUGAUGCACGGAUGUUUUGGACUGAAAACCUCGUGGGAUGGAAGCAAACACCACUGCCCAAGCUGCGCGAUAAGCUUGUUCACUCGAGUGAGGUCCUUUCAUUCCGAAGACCUAUGUCACUUUCUCGUAGUAGAGUUGCUGCAGAAGCCCAGAGGAAUGGCUUCAGCCCCCAGGUUUUGUUCCAGGCAUCGCUAGCUUUGUUAUGGACUAGUGUUACAGGAGUGCGGGAUAUCACAAUCGGUUCAGUAACAUCUGGAAGAACUAUCCCGGUGAUAGACAUUGAACAAAUCAUUGGACCUUGUAUUGCUGCGCUGCCCGUCAGGAUAGACUUCGACAAGGUUUCUAUUGGUCUGGACCUACUCAAAAACCUACACUCCAGCAACAGAAAGAUUAUGCAACACUGCACAGUCUCUCUGUCAGAGGUUAAGAAGUUAGUUGGGUUGCAACUCGGAGAGAGUCUGUAUGAUGUACUAUUUGUGUACCAGGAGUCACUCGCUAGCUCAGAGCGAACACAAUGCAUAGUUAAAGAAGCCACUCAUCUUGACCGCUUGGAAACGCCCAUCUUGUUCGAAGUCGAGCCGACAGAAGACGGAUUCACGUUGCAAGUUACAUACCAUGAAGCGAUCGUGCCACCAGCAACAGUUCAGCACAUGGUUGAUCAAUUUGAGGCGUUAGCACACUCAAUCUUGGAAAGGCCUACCCAAGAGAUCAAGUGUGCAUUGAGUGAGAUCAAAUGCACUCCGUCUGUUGACAAUAUCAAUGCAUCUCCACCCGAACGAGUCCCUGACUUAGCGCGGCUUUUUGAGGAUGUUGUUCACAAACACCCAGAGGAGAAUGCCCUGCUAUUUUUGCACUCUCUGGAAGUUGUGAAUAGUGUGGUUUGGUCAUUCCGAGAACUGAACAAUGAGGCAAAUCAGAUCGCGCAUUACUUGCACAGCUGUGGUAUCCAAGUCGGUCAGGUGGUGGCCGUGAUCAUGGAAAAAUCGCCUGCUCUGUAUGCAUCAAUCUUGGCCAUCAUCAAGUGCGGUUGUGGAUAUCUGCCAAUUCUCCCUUCAACACCUCUUGCCCGUACUCGCGAGAUUUUAUUACAAGCCGAGAUCAAGUACUGUUUGCUUGACAGUUCAUCCGACCAGCUUGCAUCCAUGCCUGGGUUGUCAACCAUUGCUGUCAACACUAACUUGUUCAACGAAUUCUCCACAGCCAACUUAGACAAUGAAGUUGAUGGAUCUCGACUUGCGUACGUGAUUUAUACGUCAGGUACUACGGGGACCCCAAAAGGUGUCGCCGUUCAGCAACAGAGCAUUGCUGCGAACAUUGAACAUCUCGAGGCAACGUACCCGAGGCCCUCCAGCUCACAAGGUCGGCUCCUUCAAGCAUGUUCUCAAGCUUUCGAUGUAUCGGUUUUCGAAAUAUUCUAUACUUGGUGCGCCGGUAUGUGUCUAUGCGCAGGCACCAAUGACACAAUUCUGGAGGACAUUGAACGUUCAAUACGCGACCUUGAGAUUACGCACCUUAGCAUGACACCGACUGUGGCUGCCCUUGUCGACCCUUCAAACGUCCCAAGUGUGCAAUUCCUUGUCACGGCCGGUGAGCCCAUGACACAGGCCGUACACAACAAAUGGUGUCACCAGCUGUGGCAGGGCUAUGGUCCCUCUGAAACCACGAAUAUCUGCACAGUCAAGAAGAUGGCGGCAGAUGACCAUAUCGAGCACUUGGGGCACGUGUUCCCUAAUACCUCCGUUGUAGUCCUCUCCCCAGAAACGCUUGACACUGUGCCUCUGAAUUGGGUCGGGGAGUUCUGUUUUGGCGGUGCGCAGGUUGCUCAAGGCUACCUAAACAUGCCAGAGCUCACAGCGCAAAAGUUUAUCCAUCACCCUCAGUAUGGAAAGCUCUACCGAUCCGGAGACAUGGGACGCAUGCUUCCUGAUGGGUCUUUGGUAAUUCUAGGUCGUAUCGAUGACCAGGUGAAGUUGAGAGGCCAACGAAUUGAGAUAGGCGAGAUCAACAGCACAGUCACCAUGGCUGGAUUUGCAACCUCAGCUGCUACGGUCUUAGUGCAACAUGAGGAAAGCACUAUAAAACAGUUAGCCCUCUUCUUUGUUCCUCGGCAUGAACCUACUGAGUUCCGUAUGCUGGAGAUUGACAAUGAAGUUCAACAGUCUUUGGCUGCGCACAUGCAAUCACGCCUGCCUGGAUAUAUGGUACCAUCUUACCUUGUGCCGAUCUCUUCUAUGCCGAUGACAUCGAGCGGAAAAGUAGACAAACGUCGUUUGCAUGACUGUUUCAACAAGCUGGACCGACACUAUCUCGAAGAGGUGUCGAGAUCGUCUAGCGAUAAUCCAGAUGAUGGUGACUGGAGUCAAAUGGACCUGGUAAUCUCUGAAGUCAUCAAAGAAUCCGUGGCAGCAUCCGUUGGUGGUUUCGGUCGAUGGACGCCCUUCACCAUCCUCGGAGUAGACUCCAUCUCAGCGAUUGAUCUUGCUCGUGCCCUAAGUGCAAAAUUAGGGGCCCGUGUUGCAGUAUCUGAUAUCCUGCGCAAUCCAACUAUCGCCCAACUGGCAAAGCAUCUGGAGGGGAAGCCUUCGUAUGAAGCGACGGCAUUUGAGGACACUCAAAGGGAAUUUUUCCCUGCCGCCUUCACCGCCGCAAUAAAAGAACUCUUCCUCGGGGAGUCAAAGGCCAUCAAAGAUGUCUUGCCAUGUACACCCUUACAAGAAGCAAUGCUGUCUCGUGGACAAAGAGGCUACUAUAACAAAGUUCUCUUGCGUCUGAAGGCGGAACCUGGGGCAAUCCGAUCAUAUUGGGAAGUAAUGUCAAAGAGGCAUGAUAUCCUCCGCACCUGUUUCGCUACGACGACAGACUCUAAGCAUGCUAUUGCUCAGGUUGUCCUGGAAGAUUGGGAAAUUCCCUGGAGAAAAUUUGACAUCAGUGAACCAUCGUUUGAUGGAGCGAUCGAAGAACAUCUUAAAUCUUUGCCAGACCCAGUUGACUCUAGAACCCCGCCUGUGUCUCUAGCUCUUCUUCGAUACAGAGGUUCCGCGUUCCUUUCGUUUAUCUGCCACCAUGCGCUAUAUGAUGGCGUGGCGAUGGAGCGACUGCUGAAAGAAGUGGAAGCGUUGGCUGGCGGCGAUGCUCUGCUACCCCCAGUGUCGUAUAAAGAGUUUCUGAAGAUUUCGACCAAUCUACCCAACGACACCGAGGAGUUUUGGCAACAGCACCUUCGAGGACACAAGGCAUUGUCAAUAUUCACACAGUCAAGUUCAAGUAAGAUUGACCAGAGUACUUGUACCACAUCCCUGGACAUGCCCCUUGCCGAUCUGCAGGGACGUCUCCGUGACUUCGGUACGACUCUUCUCUCAGUUUGUCAAGCAAGUUGGGCCACUGUUCUUGCGAUGACCUACCGGCAACCCGAUGUGUGCUUUGGAAAUGUUAUGAGCGGUCGAACGCUGGAUAUUGAUGGUCUGGAAAGGCUUGUGGCGCCCUGUUUCAAUACCAUACCCAUUCGAGUUGACUUGCCGACAACAUCGAGCAACAUCGACAUGGUCAAGCACUUGCAAAAGCUAAACACGGAGCUGCUCACAUACCAAUUCACCCCAUUGCGUCUGAUACAGCGAAGUAUCAACCGUACUGGUAAACACAUAUUUGAUACCCUAUUGCUGCUACAAAAGCCGCUACAAGACAUCGAUCAAACUGUCUGGGAACUCGAAGCAGACUCUGGAGAUAUGGACAUCCCUUUAGUUUUCAUCAAUCUUCAUCGGGAUAUGAGUAUUGUAACCGAAGACGUUGCCUCAGCUAUGGCUGACGCGUUCAAGGUGAUACUGAAGGCCAUUUUGACAGCUCCUCACUCAACCCCAAUGACUAUUGAGGAUCUUCCUGACAGCUUGCGCUCGAUACUGCAGCAGCUCGAGCCCCAGCAUGAAAAGAAAGACAACACAGGGCAGAUGCCUGACGAGGAGGAACAAUGGAGCGAAGUUGAACUAGAUGUCCGUCAAGUUCUGGCCAAGCUCUCUGGAGUGAGUGACCAUCAAAUCAAGCGCCGCACAACCAUCUUUCAACUUGGCCUAGACAGUAUAAACGCAGUUCAAGUGGCUUCAAUUCUCCGUCAGCGCGGAUUUACCGUUUCUGCGUCUGAUGUAAUUGAAUGUCCGAGUUGCUCCAAGAUAGCUGCCAAGCUACUGGAAAACCGCUCAAGAACGAAGAGCGAGGAUUUGAAAAGAUACGACAUUGGUCGAUUCUCACAUCAAGUCUACUCCGAGGUUGCUGGCCGGAUACCUCAAACAGCGACUAUUGAAGCGGUUCUUCCCUGCACACCUUUGCAGUCCGCCAUGCUGGCAUCGUUCAUGCAAUCUGGGGGCGAAAACUAUCUCAACGCAAUGGAGUAUAUUGCCACAGAUGAGAUCUCGCUAGAGAGUCUUGAAAAGGCUUGGCAGUUGCUCCAUGACCGACACCCCAUGCUAAGAACUGGUUUUGUGCCUGUCCAACACCCUGAUGCCACAUUUGCUAUGGUUAGGUAUGCACCAGGUUCGAUGAAAACGCCCUUGAGUAUUGCAGAAUCCGAGGGCGAUGAGGCAUCCGAAUUGUUGCAUUUGAAGGGCAAUACGAGCGAAAGAGUUCUUGCUGCAUUGCACCAACCCCCUUGGAAAGUGGUUCUGGCCCAGACCUCCCAACAAACCUCAAUGAAAUUUGUUGCUCACCAUGUACUUUACGAUGCGCCUGCACUUCAAAUGAUGCUUGAUGAUCUUUCUCGACUUGUCAAGAGCGAACGACUGCCGCCAGUGUCAAGGAUUGAGCCUGCCGUGUCGGCGAUUCUGAGUAACUCACUGGGCGAGCAAGGGUCAGAGAAAGCUUUUUGGGAGGCCAAGGCAAGCAGUACUGUUGUCAACAAAUUCCCAUUGAUGGCUCCGCUGCGAGUUGAGAGUCGAUGUAUGCUGGCUGACACAACUGUGGCAUCUCUAUCAUUUACCAAACUCAAGCGUGCUACUCAAGCCUCAAAUGUAACCGUCCAAGCAGUCAUCCAGGCGGCCUGGACCCGAGUGCUGGCCUCCUAUUUGGGUGAGAACUCGGUGGUCUUUGGAGUUGCACUAUCUGGAAGAACGACCGAUGAGACCAAAGACGCCCCGUUCCCAUGCCUCAACACAGUUCCCGUUGUGGCGAACAAUGUUACGUCUAAUGCUGAGCUGGUCAGCUACAUGAUGGAAUACAAUCAGCGCCUUCACAAGCAUCAAUUUUCACCACUUGGGAAAGUUCAGAGAUGGCUGGGACAUCCAGCUGGCCCUGUGUUUGACACGUUGAUUGCUUAUCAAAAAAUGCCAGACGCCGGAUCUUCCUCUUUACCGUGGAAGCUGGUCAAGGAUGAGGCAAGAGUCGAGUAUUCAGUUUCAUUGGAAAUUGAACCUACAGAAGAUGACCAUGUUCGUCUGUGUAUAACCUAUUACAACGAUAUACUUCCUCGCGAGCAGGCACAGCUCCUGAUGAAGCAAUUCGACUCUUCGCUGAACCACAUCGCCUGCAAUAAUCUCGCUGCUGAAGAUGAGGCUUUUCAUCUUUCGCCAGACUUGUACUCUGUUCUACCUCCCUCGCAUCCAGUACUCGAUGCCCCUGUCCAAUUCUUGCACCAAUUCGUGGAACUGGGAGCAGUUGUUCACCCAAAUAAACUUGCUCUUGAGUUUGUCUCGGCUUUUGAUGGAGACACAUGCCUUAAACAACAAUGGGACUACCGCCAGCUCAAUAUCAUGGGAAACAGGGUGGCCAACAUGCUUCAAGAAAAUCUCACUCCUGGCAGUAUUGUCGCAAUCCACUUCGACAAAUGCCCCGAGGCGUACUUUUCCAUCCUGGGUAUUCUCAAAGCUGGCUGCUCUUUUGUUGCGCUUGAUCCCUCUGCACCAAAGGCUCGAAAGCAGUUUAUUGUUGAAGAUUCAAAAGCACCUUGUCUGCUCACACGGAGUUUGGAAGACCUCGACUUCGAAGUCAAAACUGCUAUUUUGGAAGUGAGGAUCGAGUCUUUGAGUGCGCUGGAACAAGAAGAGCUUGUUUUCCAACCAGUAAUCUCCCCCUCAGACACCUGUUAUUGCCUCUAUACUUCUGGGACUACAGGAACUCCCAAAGGCUGUGAGAUCACCCAUGAUAAUGCUGUUCAAGCAAUGAUGGCCUUCCAAGAGCUUUUCAAGGGCCAUUGGGAUGCUGAUUCACGCUGGCUUCAAUUCGCAGCCUUACAUUUUGACGUUUCCGUCCUCGAGCAGUAUUGGAGCUGGUCUGUGGGUAUGGCUGUUGUUGCUGCUCCAAAAGAUCUCAUUCUAGACGACUUGACAGCAUCCAUCAACAAGCUUGAGAUUACGCAUAUUGAUCUAACACCAAGUCUGGCACGGCUAACACACCCCGACGAGAUCCCUAGCCUCUGCCGUGGUGUCUUUAUCACUGGCGGAGAACAGCUCAAGCAAGAGAUUCUUGAUGUUUGGGGACCGAAAGCAGUCAUUUAUAAUGCCUACGGUCCAACAGAGGCCACUAUCGGUGUUACUAUGUUUCAGCGUGUGCCCGUCAAUGGUCGACCCAGUAACAUCGGAAAGCAGUUCCCCAACGUUGGUUCAUUCAUAUUCAAACAAAAUACAAACACGCCUGUUUUACGUGGCGCUGUUGGUGAGCUUUGCGUAUCAGGCAAACUGGUCGGAAAAGGCUACCUCAACCGACCUCAACUCACAGAGGAGCGAUUCCCUACACUGGAGGAGUUUGGUGAACGCGUUUACAGGACUGGAGAUCUUGUACGCGUCCUGUAUGAUGGCUGCUUCGACUUCCUGGGUCGGGCUGACGACCAAGUCAAACUGCGAGGCCAACGGCUCGAAAUCGCAGAGAUCAACCACAUCAUCCGCACUGACGUUACUGAGGUCCACGACGCUGCGACAAUCGUGGCUCGACAUGGAACCAGUGGCAAGGAUGUCUUGGUAUCAUUCAUUGUCGGCGAGCACCUAACCACAGGGUCGCUCAGAGUUGUGUCGGAUGAAGAGGGUCUAGCUAAUAAAGCAAAAGAAGCCUGCCGUGCCAAGCUUCCAGGAUACAUGGUGCCGACGUAUAUUCUCCGUCUUCCAUAUAUCCCGCUGUCUUCUAACAACAAGGCCGAGAUAAAGGAUUUGAAGAAGCUCUUCAGUGAACUCGCGCCUGAACAGCUCAUGGAGCUAUCUCAUGCCGCAACAGCUCCCGUUUCGCAAGGUGCUCGGGAUAUUCUUGCUCUGCUAUACGACGCUUUGACGCAGUUUAGUAACAUCAACAAAGAUGAUCUUUCAUCAACGACAAGCAUAUUCGAUGUUGGCGUGGACUCAAUCACAGCACUCAGACUGGCCUCGCUCCUCAAAUCGCGUGGUCUACAUGCAGUGUCACCUGCCAUGUUGCUCAAAAACCCUGUCAUUGGUGAUCUUGCAAACUAUCUUGCUAAGGCCGCUUCAAGUCAAAGGCAGAAGCUCGCCAGAGAAACCAAACAGUCCAUCCAAGCGUAUGCGCAUCGGCACCGUGGCUUAGUCUAUAGCAGUCUCAAUAUUGGGCCAGCGGAUAUCGAGUAUAUUGCGCCAUGCUCACCGUUGCAACAAGGAAUCAUUUCGCGGUCCCUUACGAGUACAAAACCUGGGGCUUACUUCAAUACUUUCCAGUUGAAUCUCAACCAGUCUACGACUACAACAAAGCUUCAACAGGCAUGGAAGGAUUUAGUAUUCUCUGAGAGCAUCCUGAGGACCGUCUUCGUACCUUCCACAGAUGGCUUCUUACAAGUUGCUUUGCGAAACCCUCUCUUCCCCUGGGAAUCCACCGCCUUUGGCUCAAACGAAUUGGCCGAAGACUACCUUGCAGAGCAAAAAGAGAAUUGGAUACAACGGAACAAAUCUUUGAUUACGCAGCCUUUGUUGUUGACUUAUGUCGAAACACCUACAUCAAGAUUGUUGACUGUUCAUAUUUUCCACGCACUGUAUGAUGGAAACAGCUUCGAUCUCAUGAUGGAUAGAGUAGCUGUAAAUUACGCAGGUAACUCUAUUAAGAAAGCUCCUUCGUUCUUUGAAGCUCUCACGUCUGGCCCUUUGACAAGACAUGACAACUGUAAGGGUUUCUGGGAGAAGCAUCUGGAAGGCUGGACACCCUCUUCGAUCACAUCACAUGAGAGCAGCGCUCACAACUCAGUCGUUGUUGCUGAACGUGAGAUGCUUAUCUCAAACUUCGAGGCAAUUCGAUCUUCACAUAACGUCACACUCCAGGCCGUGAUAAUGGCACUUUGGACUUCUGUUUUGCAGAACCUCGUUCAAAGCCAAAUCACUAUUGGCGUUGUCGUAUCGGGGAGAGCAAUUGAUCUCCCAGGGGUAGAAAACACCAUUGGUCCGCUAUUCAAUACUGUGCCUUUCUUCCGCCAAGCUGUUCAACAAGAUGAUUGGAGAUCGCUAGUCCGACGAUGUCAUGACUUCAAUGCUUCGGUUCUUGACUUCCAACACGUUCCUCUGAAGAAUAUCCAGAAGUGGUGCUCUCAUAACAAAGCUCUGUUCGACACCCUCCUCACCUACCAAAUUGAAGAAGCCAAGACAGGUGACAAUGAGCUGCCUUUUGAGAUUCAGAAUAGCGAAGUAACUCCUGACUACCCGCUUGCUCUUGAGGUUGUCUAUACAAAAAAGGGCAAACUCCGAUUUACGCUUAUUGCUCAGGGACAUGUGGUCUCUCAGUCGGUUCUGGACGACCUCCUCAACGAGAUCGAGCGUUUUGCCGACCUAGUGGCGGAGUCACCACAGAGUGAAGUGCCUGUUCCACAAUUCAAGAUUCCUCUCAUCGACAACUUCCACGGUGUCAAUGCAGAAAACGACAGCCAGAACAGUUUUGAAUGGACGUCAGAAGCCCGAACAAUACAAAACGAAAUCUCUCUACUGGCCGGUAUUAACCCUGUAGACAUUGCAGAAGAUGCUUCCAUUCUGGAGCUCGGCCUUGACAGCAUCGACGUGAUCAAGCUUGCAGCCAAGCUCAAGAAAAAGAGCAUCAAUCUAGCCCCUUCACAGAUCAUGCGUCAACAAACAAUCGCCAAAAUGAUCACCGAGCUAGCAAGUCUCAUCAAUGACUCUUCACACCCCACAAGAGACAGCCUCCUGUCGCUCAUUGGAGACAGGUUGUGCGAACAUCUUGAGGCUUCGGGAGUGGAUAUGAGCAAUGUAGAAUCUGUGUUACCGCCCACCCACCUUCAGGAAUCGAUGGUAGCCGGAAUGAUCCAUUCUGGCUUUGAGGCCUAUUUCAACCACGAUAUUCUACGGGUGUCCGACCAUGUUGAUACUGCACAGCUCAUUCAAGCUUGGAAGCACCUCAUACACCAAACACCAGUUUUGAGGACAGGCUUCUAUCAAGUGGAGAGUCAGGACUUUGACAUGACAUUUUGUCAAGUGGUGUCGAAAUCCCUCGAUAUCGAUUUUGAGGUAACGAGAAUUGAAGACCUCAGCGAGUUAUACCAGAUCACCGAUGCUGCCAAGUUCGUGGCUAAGAAUGGGCGAGGACAAAAACAACUUUUUCAGUUGAAGCUGGCGGUCAUAGGCCAAGAACGAUACAUGGUUCUCUCCAUUGCUCACGCUCUCUACGAUGGGUGGUCUUUAAGUUUACUAUUCCAAGAUCUCCAGACACUGUUAGAGGAAAGAUCGAUCACUCGGCCUCCAGUAGAGCAAUUCCUCGCGAGAGUGAUGGAUUCCACAACUCACAAGGGCAAGGACUUUUGGAUGCAAUAUUUACAAGACGCUCCACCAUCAACCAUUCCCACAAAAGCCCGGCUCCCCACAGUUGAGGAAAAGGUCCAACGAUUUGAGUCGGUAUCGAAAGUCAGUCUAUUGGAGAUAGAAGCAGCCUGUAAAAGGCUGUCGGUCAGUCUACAGGUACUCUGUCAAGCUUGUUGGGCAGUCACUCUAGCACGCCAGAUCCGAAGCACAGACGUGACAUUUGGCACCGUCUUAUCGGGGAGAGACUUCGAUGGAGCCGACAGUCUGGUAUUUCCAACAAUGAACACAGUUGCCUUGCGAUGCAUACUGCAUGGCUCGGCAGCUGAGUUUCUGCGUUAUCUAGAAGAAAACAUGACUGACAUUCGGGACUUCCAACACUAUCCCCUCCGUAAAGCUCAAUCGGCCGCAAAAGUUGACGGACAAGACUUGUUCAAUACCUUGUUCAUACUUCAAAGGUCACCGGUAUCGAGUGACCCAGCGGAUCGCCCUCUGUUGACCUCGGUUGAAGCGUCGUCGUCCACUGAGUAUCCUCUCUGCGUGGAAGCUGAAGCUGUCUCAGACUCUCUAGUGUGGAGACUCGCACUACAGCCCCAGUGUAGCUGGGAUGGAGGUCCUCAGAGUCUGCUCGAGACGCUAGAUAGUGUCAUGAGCUUUCUGCUGAAAUCGAAAGAUCCUGAAAUCCUGUCGUUUGGCGAACGAGGCGUGUCAAUUUGUGGCACGCCUCCAGUAGCUCUACUAGAGAGCAUCAUCCACGAAGAUGCUUCCGAUAAUUAUUCAUCAAGAGAUGGGAAGAUUGAGUGGAACCAAAACGAAGUAGGAAUUCGGGAGGUUCUCCAUCAGGUCUCGAAUGUUCCAAUUUCGUCCAUCAAGCUUUCCGACAAUCUGUACCACCUUGGACUGGACUCAAUCAGUGCCAUCAAGGUAUCAUCUCUUCUACGAAAAGCGGGCAUAUAUCUCCGACCACAAGAUCUCAUCAAAUCCUCAAGCAUAUCGGAAAUGGCUCGAAAGGCAGACACUAAGCUCAAGAAGCCUUUGCAAACUCUUGAAACUGCCAAGGAAUGGGUACCUCCCGCUGACAUUGAUGUGAACAAGCUGCUUGCCGACAAUGGCAUAAACAAGGACAACGCAGAAGUUCUACCUGCAUUGCCGAUGCAAGUUUACAUGUUGACUGCAUGGGAAAAUUCCGAUGGUUCUGUCUUCUUCCCUGAGUUUCCCUGUCGGAUCAAAACCUCGGCUAGCCUGGGAGAGAUUGAUCAAGCUUGGGGCAAGCUUGUGUCCGAAACACCACUUCUACGAACCUGUUUUGCUUCCACACAGUCUCCGGCCACCCCUUUCGUACAAAUCAUUCUUAAAGAACCGGAUAUUCCGCUUUCAGGUUUGCAAUCGAAAGAACGCUCAAACUGCUGUAUCCGGCCGUUGGUCGAGGCAAACAUCGAACAGGAGGACAAAGACACAUGGCUUUUACGUCUCAAACUACACCAUGCUCUGUAUGACGGAGUCAGUCUUCCUGCACUAUUACAGCGACUCUCUGAGUUACUGAAUGGCUCUGGUACUAUGGCAAAUAAAGGCCUCUCGCAGUGGAAGCAAUUUGCAAUGCGCCACACUGUGGAUGAAGCUCGAAUCGCAAGGCGAGAAUUCUGGACAUCGUAUCUCAAGGGCUCAUCUUCCAAUCCUAUCAUCACCAACUCUGACGCAGACGUCAAGAUGCGAACCUCGCAUUUGAACCGGUCUGCCAUCUCAGACAUCAGUCUCAUCCAGGCCCUUGCUACCCAAUCUGGCGUUUCCUUCCAGUCUUUGUUUCUCUCAGCUUACGCCAGAGCACUUGCCAAACAGAACAAUGUCUCUGAUGUUGUGUUUGGUUUGUAUCUUGCCAAUCGAGCUGCUGGCGAGGACCUCCCUCAAACUUACCCCACCUUGAAUCUUGUACCUUUGAGGGUCAGCUUACCUGUCAAUCGACCUUUAGCGGCUGUUACCGCCGACAUUCAAAGAGAUAUCCACCUCAUCACGUCUGAAGGUCGGGCAGAGGUUGGUCUUUGGGAGAUUGCACAGUGGACAGGAAUUGGAAUAACCUCAUUUGUGAAUUUCCUAACCCUCCCCGGCGACACCGAUCCAACUGGGAACUCCAUCACGGUAUUACCUGAGACGAACACAGAUAUUGCUGUCAAAGAUAGCUUACCUGAUCGUCCCCGGACACCCUACUUGGAAAGCAUCGUCAGAAACGAUAUUCCGAUGGCUAUCGAUAUUGAAGCGUCAGUUGAUGGCAAGAAUUUGGCUAUUGGUGUUUUUGGCUCUUUGCAGCAGAUCUCUCCUGAAGAGGCCUCGACCUUAGUUUCCAAUAUUGCAGAAAUCUUGGAUAAGGACAUUUAG